AUGUUCAUAGGUGGACUCAAUUGGGAAACGACCGACCAGUCUUUGCACGAUUAUUUCUCUCAGUUCGGCGAAGUACAAGAAUGCACCGUCAUGAGAGACAGUGCUACGGGCCGCUCUCGAGGCUUCGGCUUUUUGACGUUCAAGGACCCGAAGACAGUUAACACAGUGAUGGUAAAGGAGCAUUUCCUAGACGGAAAGAUUAUCGACCCGAAGCGUGCGAUCCCCCGAGACGAACAAGAGAAGACAGCCAAAAUCUUCGUUGGUGGCGUCAGUCAAGAUGCGACAGAGGAAGACUUCGAGGGAUUUUUCGCCCAGUUCGGUCGCGUGAUCGACGCAACGCUCAUGAUGGACAAGGACACGGGCCGCCCACGAGGCUUUGGAUUCGUGACCUUCGACAGUGAUGCGGCGGUGGAAAAAUGCUUGCAGUUCUAUCCGCUCGAAAUCCUCGGGAAGCCCAUCGAAGUGAAGCGUGCUCAACCAAGAGGCAAGAUGGGCGAAGAUGAAGACUUUGGUCGUGGCCGAGGAGGACGCGGAAAGUUCGGACGGGAAGAUCGUUUCGGCAGUAACGACAACAACCAGCCUGCACAAGCUGCACAGAAUCAAACGCCGAAUAUGAUGGCCGGCAAUUCCGGCAUGACGCCGCAAAUGAUGGCUCAGUACUGGCAGAGAAUGCAACAGUACUUUUCCAUGAUGCAGCAACAGAUGGCAGCGAAUAUGAUGGGCGGCAUGGGUGGAAUGGGGAAUAUGGGUAUGAACCCUCAACAGAUGCAGCUGAUGCAAAUGAUGCAGCAGCAACAGAAGAUGCAAGGGGGAAACAGUCCCAACGCGCAGAAUGCCGGCAUGGGCAACAUGCAAGGCAUGAAUCCGCAAAUGAUGCAACAGAUGAUGAAUAUGCAGCAAGGUGGAAUGAACGGGAUGAACAUGGGUGGGGGACGUCCACCCAUGGGCCCGGCCAGUAUGGUUGGAGGGCAACGACAAUUAUCGGCACAAGAGCAGCUGGCGUUUGAGCAACAGAAGUAUGAACAACAACACGCGCGGCGCCAGGGUGGAUUCCCUCAUGGUCCGCGUGGAGGAGGCUUUCAAGGCCAGCACGGACAACAACACGGCAGUGGGCCGCAGUCGUGGGAGGGCAUGUACGACGACGUCCCUCAACCAGAAGGCAACGCUGGAGGCAGAGGCUCCGCGGGACCAGUUCGUCACAAUACCCCGAAACCACCAAAAGGUCCUGGCGGACCUGCGGCACCAAGUGCUCCAGCUAAUGCGCCGACUGGACCCAAGAAUCCGGGAAACAAACCAGGGGGAGGAUUCCGGGGAAGAGGUCGUUACCAUCCAUAUGGCAGAUGA